AUGGUUUCUGGUAGUUAUCGGGUUGGCAUGCAUUUGUUAACCUCUGCUUUAAGACUUCUUGAACCAAGAGUAGAUGAUGAUUUCGUGGAUCGUCUUCAUUACCUCUACACUUCAACAAUGUUCUUUUUAUUCUCCAUUAUUGUAUCUGCUAAACAAUAUGGCCAUCCAAUUGAAUGUUUUGUACCAGCUCAAUUUACCAAAGCUAUGGAACAGUAUACGGAAAAUUAUUGUUGGGUUCAGAAUACCUAUUGGGUACCAUUCCAGGAUUUAAUACCGCAUCGUUUGGAUGAUCGAGAACGUCGACAAAUUGGUUACUAUCAAUGGGUUCCGUUUGCUUUAGCUAUUGCAGCCAUCAUGUUUCAUAUGCCAUCAACUAUUUGGCGAAUACUUAGUACACAAUCAGGACUGAACAUGUCACUGGUGAUACAAUUGGCAAGCCAGGACCAAAAUGUCGAUCCGUUAAUACGAGAUCAUUCUGUUGAAGUACUGACUAGGCAUAUUGAUGAUGCGCUGAAAUAUCAACGUGAUUAUGGUAGCCGAAAUAAAAGUGUAUAUUUAUUUGCAGUGCUAAAGUUAGGUAAAAUCUAUGGAGCAUAUGUAUCAGUUGUUUAUCUCUUCGUGAAAAGCUUACAUCUGUGUAACGUUAUCCUACAAUUUAUUAUGCUUAAUAACUUUUUGGAAACAUCCAAUUAUCCAUUCUUCGGUGGUCAUGUUCUCUAUGACCUCAUCAUGGGUAGAGAAUGGCGUGAUUCAGGACGUUUUCCACGUGUAACACUGUGUGAUUUUGAAAUACGGGUUUUGGGCAAUAUUCAUCGACAUACGGUGCAAUGCGUUCUCGUUGUUAAUAUGUUGACGGAGAAGAUAUUCCUAUUUUUGUGGCUUUGGCUUCUACUACUCUCAUUUGGUACUGCCAUAAAUAUGAUCAUUUGGACAUUAUCAUUAUCGCUUGCAGACUGGAGACAUGCAUUUGUCACCAAAUUCCUGGAAUGUGAAUCCAAUCAAACUCAUCGCUUUGUGCAUCAUUUCCUUCGUCCCGACGGUGUACUCAUUCUGCACAUGAUUGCUUCACAUGGUGGUAAUAUUGUAUGUGCACGUCUUACGGAAUCUUUAUGGAUGAAAUUUUUGCAACGAAGUGGUAAGCUAACCGUAUUUGAUGUGGAAAAAGCAGUAUGUCCGGAAGAACGAACUGGCAGGAAUGGCAGUAAACAUAUGGAUGAAGGAAGUUGGCGUGAACCAACAAUGCCAUCUCCAAUGCCGUUACUAUCUAGUUCUACUCAAUUCGUCUAA